CAACCUCUUCCCACGUGUGUCUUAUAUGUUUAUUUAUUUUUUAGGCUCAUCCUCCAUUCCUCCCUACGGCUACGGUCUCCUUCGCUCCAAGCUCGCUCUCUCUCGCUCUCUCCAGUCCCAGCCACCUUUCACAGCCAGUUUUCUUUCUCCUCGCUAUCUCGCGCUCUCUAUUCCGAAAGUUUCCCUGAAACUCCACCUGCCAUCGACACUAGUCUUCUCCUCACUGAAUCCCCGACUCGCUUCCGUUUCCCGAGUCAUCUCGAUCAAUGCACUUUAGCUUAGCUUGGCCGAGCGGGGGAUUUACUAUGGAAAAUGGUUCCGUGGAGAACGGGGUGUGCUCCUCCGAAACGGUUAAUGGAAGCCGCGACAUCUGGAGCUACAAGGACUCUGAUUCAUUGUCCGUUGAUCAUCUCGUUGUCAUGGUUCAUGGAAUCCUCGGCAGCACCACAGAUUGGAAAUUUGCAGCAGACCAGUUUGUUAAAGUGCUCCCUGAUAAAGUGUUUGUUCAUCGUAGUGAAAGAAAUGUGUCUAGAUUGACUCUAGAUGGUGUGGAUGUAAUGGGAGAGCGAUUAGCCGAGGAGGUCAUUGAAGUGAUCCGGAGAAGGCCAAAUCUAUGUAAGAUCUCCUUUGUUGCACAUUCUGUAGGAGGACUUGUGGCAAGAUAUGCAAUUGGGAGAUUGUAUAGACCGCCUAAUAGGGAAAACAUGGAGGAUUCAUCUGCUGACAGACAUGAAGGGGAUUCAAGGGGUACAAUAGCCGGCUUGAAGGCUAUGAAUUUCAUCACUGUUGCUACACCUCAUCUUGGUUCAAGGGGUAAUAAGCAGGUACCAUUUCUUUUUGGUGUACCCGCUUUUGAGAAAGUUGCAAGUUCCGUUAUUCAUUUGAUAUUUAGGAGAACAGGUCAACAUCUUUUUCUGACUGAUGCUGAUGAAGGAAAGCCUCCAUUGCUUAAAUGCAUGAUAGAAGAUUAUGGUGACUGUUAUUUCAUGUCUGCAUUGCGUACAUUUAAACGUCGGGUGGCAUAUUCAAAUGUGGGCUAUGACAAUAUCGUGGGCUGGAGAACAUCAUGUAUUAGGCGUAAUAGUGAUCUGCCAAAGUGGAAGGAAACUCGUAAUGAAAACUAUCCGCAUGUUGUAUAUGAAGAGCACUGCAAGGCUUAUGAUGAUGACCAUUGUGAGCCUCCUUCAAUUGAAGAUGAUGGAUCGGACAAGCUAGAAGAGGAGCUGGUGACGGGCCUAUCUCGUGUGUCAUGGGAAAAAAUAGAUGUUAGCUUUCACAGCAGCAGACAGAGGUUUGCUGCUCAUAGCGUCAUUCAGGUCAAAGACCAAAGCAUGCAUAUAGAAGGUGCAGAUGUCAUAAGUCAUAUGAUCGAUCAUUUUCUUCCAUAGAAGCCUGACUCCUAGAUGUACACGUGACAGACUGGGUGGGCUACAAGCUUCCUUCAGGCCGAAGGGAUCCAUUCUUUUACCGCAUGGCUCACAGUCCUACAUAAAAUGUGACCACGCAGCAGUUAAAAUAUAUAUAUAUAUACAUUUUUUUUAUUUGGUAUCCUUGCAAUUUAUGUGUACAGACAGACAGUACAGUGGAUAAAAAAAAUACUCAAAAUUUAUAUAUUAAUUGAUUCUAUUCAAGCAA